AUGGUGGCUGAUCAGAAUACAAAAGACUUGGUGGAAGAAGAUGUGGGGCUUGCCUGCCCUCCUUUCGAUGAGGAAGAUUUCAUGGCUGCUGAAGCUUCCUUUUUUGACCUGUCCGAACAAGUGUUUUUCAGUGGAUUUGAGGGUGAUCAUAAAGGUGCGGGAAGAGUUCAAGGAUCAUCCGGAAACCUCAAUGCGGUGCAGAUCAUGCAGAAAAAGCAUGGCAAGGGCAAGGACAUGAAGGUUUUAGAGCAGGUCUAUAAGCACAGGGACAACGCUCCUAAAGAUACAAAUACUGAAACAAGAGCUGAAAAUAUCGAUUCCGAUAAGAAGACAUCAACAAAAGCUGAAACUAUUGAGUCCAAUAAGAAGAUAUCAACAAAAGCUGCAAUUGUUGAUGACAAAGUCUCAUUUGAGCUGAGGAUUAAUUCGGCAAAAAGGAAACUACAAGAAAGUUAUGAGAAUAUUGGAAAAGAGAAAAAGAGGAGACAGAUUCAAGUCCUUAGCCUAUCAGAAGUGCCUAAAUUUCCUCAAGUGAAAUGCAGGCCUGAGAAGCAUCGCAGCGGUUUUGCACGCAAGUUCAGGAGUUUUGCUGCUUGCCACUAGCCUACCACGAGUUGCAAUAUCAAGAGCAUUACGGAGUCCAAUAUCACAGAUGGACAGAGAUUAGAUUCUCGGGUGUCUUGAUGGAUUCAUGAAAGAGGUGGUUUCUAAUUCUUUUUGCUGACAUAAUGGAACUCAGCCCUGACAGCGCCUGCGGAGUAGGCCUAUCUAAAGAUUAAAUUUUGUGUCUAGUUGUUUUCCCUCCUCUCUUCUCCUCCCUGCUCAGCCACAAUAGGGAUAGUUAGCCCUCAAUUUCACUAUAUUGGUAGCAAUUGGCAGCCAGUGACCAGUUGAUGCUGCCGUGGGCUUGCCCUUUCUUGUAAAGUUGUGUAAUGGGAUUUGCCCUUCUUGUAAAGUUAUGACCAAAUUAAUGAAAAUCUUUCAUUCUUGAAAAAAAUAAAA